GGGAGUGCAACUAAGACGAACUGUGGCUUUUAAUGGGCUUGGCCGCAAGGUCUGCAGCACUUACAUUUCUAGGAAAGUGUUCGAAAGAGAUUGGAGCGACAAUGAAAACGACAAAAGGAGCUGCCGUCGACAUUGUAAGAAGCCCUGGAAUAUACUGUAUGUAUUGUCUCGGGAAGAGGGUCACUUUGGAGCUGGCUUUUACGAGUUCACGUAGCCGGGGAUCCGAGUCCGACGAUUUGGAUUUACGAGGACGCUUAGAUUUCGCGGGCGAUGGAGCACAAACCGUUACUGCCGCACGUGUACGUCCGCCGGCAAUUGUGGAAAGCGUUUUUCGAUUGCCAUCCUGCGGAGAUCCAAUGGAUUUUAAAUCUACCCGAAACCGAUCUGCGACCGCCGGAAAACACAUGUUGCACACCGCUGGGCUCGCAAGCCGCACUGAUUUGCAUCCUGGCCCGGUGAAACCGAACCGCACCCACGCAAGACUUUCGACCUUGAGGCCACCACACUGCUCAGUAUCUCACACAAAGGACUCAACUCUUUUCAUAGCCUCCAAAUGGCUUUAGAAAUCGGAUCGUAAUAGCAGUGCAUUUGCUUCAAGGACAACGCCGCACAUCCUUUCAUUACGCAAUGUUACGCUCGAUCGACGAGGCCGCAUUUGGGCCAAGGUCGUCGUUUAAUGUUAAUGGUAAUGCUAGAUCGUAAAGAUUUGCCGAGAUUCGAAUGGAAAUAAAGGGGUGCAGAUGUGCAAGGGUUA